GGCGCGCGGAGUGAAGGGCGGCGGCGGUGGCUGUGGCUCGUGCUUGGCCCGGGCUUCGGAUUGCGCUCGGCUUCCUGCACCCCGCGCACCCCGCACCGGCGCUCGGCCCCGCGGAGGAGCGGCCAUGCCGCCGCGGCGCAGCAUCGUGGAGGUGAAGGUGCUGGACGUGCAGAAGCGGCGGGUGCCCAACAAGCAUUAUGUCUACAUCAUCCGGGUCACGUGGUCCAGUGGCUCCACUGAGGCCAUCUAUCGGCGCUACAGCAAAUUCUUUGACCUCCAGAUGCAGAUGUUGGACAAAUUUCCCAUGGAAGGAGGUCAGAAGGACCCCAAACAGCGGAUCAUUCCCUUUCUGCCAGGCAAAAUUCUCUUCCGACGAAGCCACAUCCGCGACGUGGCUGUCAAACGCCUGAUACCAAUUGAUGAAUACUGUAAGGCCUUGAUCCAGCUGCCCCCCUAUAUCUCUCAGUGUGAUGAGGUGCUGCAGUUCUUUGAGACAAGACCCGAGGACCUGAAUCCGCCCAAAGAGGAGCAUGUUGGGAAAAAGAAAUCUGGGAGUGACCUGACCUCGGUGGACCCCAUGGUCCUGGAGCAGUAUGUGGUGGUGGCAGACUACCAGAAGCAGGAGAGCUCAGAGAUCAGCCUUAGUGUGGGGCAGGUGGUGGACAUCAUCGAGAAGAACGAGUCAGGUUGGUGGUUCGUCAGCACUGCUGAAGAGCAAGGCUGGGUCCCUGCGACCUGCCUCGAAGGACAGGAUGGUGUGCAGGAUGAAUUUUCCCUCCAGCCUGAGGAAGUCUCAUGGAGGUACUGGUCUUUGCCCCGGCCCGUGGGCCGCCGCCGGACCCUGGGGGACUUGUAUGCCAUCAGCUGGCGUCAAGAGGAGAAGUACAUGGUCAUCUACCCAUACACAGCUCGUGACCAGGAUGAAAUGAACCUAGAGAGAGGGGCCGUGGUGGAGGUCAUCCAGAAAAACCUGGAAGGCUGGUGGAAGAUCAGGUACCAGGGCAAAGAGGGCUGGGCCCCAGCCUCGUACCUGAAGAAGAGCAGUGGGGAGCCCUUACCCCCGAAGUUGGGCCCUGGCUCAUCCGCGCACGCGGGCGUCCUCGACCUGGAUGGCGUUUCCCGGCAGCAAAACUCGGUGGGCAGGGAGAAGGAGCUACUCAACAACCAGAGGGACAGCCGGUUCGAGGGUCGCCCACCGCCUGACGGGGACGUCAAGCAGAGAUCACCCAAGAUGAGGCAGAGACCCCCUCCUCGCCGGGAUAUGACCAUACCUCGAGGUCUCAACCUGCCCAAGCCUCCCAUCCCACCCCAAGUGGAGGAAGAGUAUUACACCAUUGCCGAAUUCCAGACAACCAUCCCUGAUGGCAUCAGCUUCCAGGCGGGCCUGAAGGUCGAGGUCAUCGAGAAGAACUUGAGUGGUUGGUGGUACAUUCAGAUUGAGGAUAAGGAAGGAUGGGCCCCAGCAACUUUCAUUGACAAGUAUAAGAAGACCAGCAAUGCCUCGAGACCCAACUUUCUGGCUCCUUUGCCCAACGAGGUGGCCCAGCUCCGGCUGGGGGAUGCAGCAGUGAUGGAGAACAACACGGGCAGUGAAGCCAUUGGCCCCUCUCGGCCCCUGCCGGAUGCGCCGCAUGGUCCUGUGGACUCCGGGAUGCCGUGGUCCAAAGACUGGAAGGGCGGUAAGGAGGGCCUGAGGAAGGCGUCUUUAGACAUGUCGUCAUGCGCGGGCUACGAGGAGAUCUCAGACCCUGAUCUGGAGGAGAAGCCCAGCCUCCCUCCCCGGAAAGAAUCCAUCAUCAAGUCGGAAGGGGAGCUGCAGGAGAGGGGGCGGCAGAGGACGGAGCAGCUCCGGGGCUCCUCACCCAAGCCUCCUGGCAUGAUUUUGCCGAUGAUUCCAGCUAAACACAACCCCCCAGCCCGGGAUGGCAGGAGGCCAGAGCCCAAACCUGACAAAAGCAAGUUGUUCCAACUGAGAAAUGAGAUGGGGCUGGAGUGUGGCCACAAAGUAUUGGCCAAGGAAGUAAAGAAGCCCAACCUCCGGCCCAUCUCCAAAUCCAAAGCCGACCCACUGGAGGAGAAGCCAGACGCCACCCCCCAGAAUCCCUUCUUGAAGUCCAAACCUCAGGUCAGGCCAAAACCAGCUCCUUCCCCCAGGACAGAGCCACCUCAGGGUGAAGACCCAGUGGACAUCUGCAACCUCAGGAGCAAGCUCAGGCCUGCCAAGUCCCAAGAGAAGCCCUUGCUGGAUGGAGAGAGCAGCCACCAGGCUGUUGGAGGCCAAGAUGUGGCCUUCAGCCGCAGCUUCCUCCCAGGGGAGGGGCCUGGCCGCGCCCAGGACAGGACGGGCAAACAGGAUGGGCUCGGCCCCAAGGAGAUGGCCUGCAGAGCCCCUCCAAAGCCAGCCAAGGCGGCAGAGCCUGUGCCUAAGAGUGUGCCCCCGCUUCUCCAAGAGGCUGCCCAGCAGAGACCUAUGGUCCCGCCCCGGAGACCACCCCCCCCCAAGAAAACCUCAUCAUCAUCCAGGCCCCUCCCAGAGGUCAGAGGGCCCCUCCCAGAGGUCAGAGGGUCCCUCCCAGAGGCCAGAGGGCUGCAGCGGGAGGCCAGUGAAGGCAAGGCAUCUCCUGCCCCUGGCCGGGCCCUGCUCGUCCCUCCAAAAGCCAAACCUUUUCUCUCCAACUCCUCGGGGGGCCAAGACGACAUUCGAGGCAAAGGCGGGCUGGGGCCACGGAUGGUGGGCAAGAUUGGAGAAAACAGGGAGAAAGUGGCUGCAGCCCCCUUCCUCAGUGCUGACAGCCCAAAGGACUUGUAUGUGGCCGUGGCCAACUUUGAAGGAGAUGAAGAUACCAGCAGUUUCCAGGAGGGGACAGUGUUCGAGGUCCGCGAAAAGAACAGCAGCGGCUGGUGGUUCUGCCAGGUCCUCAGUGGGGCCCCCUCCUGGGAAGGAUGGAUUCCUUCCAACUAUCUCAGAAAGAAGCCCUAGCCUCCUCCCUCCCUGGCUGGAGGUCCGGGGUGUCCCUGCUGGCUUUACCCACAUAUUUAAUAUGCCUCUUAAUUUAUCAUUCUCCACGCAACUUCAAAGGCAGGAAGACUGGACAACCGUGGUUUCUUCCCUCUCGUGGGUAGAGUCAGCCCUCCCACACAGCAGCCCCUGGCGGCUCAGUGGCCACGUGCUUGCUUGCUCUCCACUCAGUAUCCCUGCCGUAAGGCCAGUGGCACUGCCACCCAGCUUCCCUGCCCACCCAGCAGCGGGACCAUAACCCGGCAAGGCCUCCAGGACCAGAAGCCGCUAUGUGGAGGAACUGCAGAAAGGGGUUUUUGUGCUGGGACCCAGCGUAGUAAGGGGCAGCCCCCUGGCACCCCAUUCAGUCUGUGACGGCUUGCUCCCACUUCUCCAUGUCUCUAAAAGCCCAGUGACUUUAUUCACUUAGUUUCCAAAAUGGCUGGUACCAGAAGGGACUUCAUACUGUAGAAGUGGGCUCCACCCCAAUCCCAGGGGGUGCCCUCUUUCUGAAUUUGUGUGGAGGGUUUUCUCCUUCCUUCUGGUAUGGAAUUAUGAAGCUGUGUAGGAUAUCAUUUAUUCCCAACUCUUCAAUUUCAGUCACUUGAUGUCAUUAAAUAGUAGACCUGUGUGACAUCCUCUGGCAUGGUGAGACAGGCCCAUGAGCCUCUCAGGUUCGACCAGAUGCAGCUGCCCCAGGAGUGGGCCUGGAGGUCCACUUGGUCAUCCUGCCUCCCGUCUUCUGUCUUGGGAGCCUGGUUGGUCCUACAGGGAUGGUUCUAGCCCAGAGCAUGCUUCACUUCCUGCCACAGGCUCCGGUCCAUCCCAGGGCUUUAAAAUAAGAAUCCCUGCCCUGCCUUGGGCAUUUCACUUCUGUCUACUUAGAGCAAGAGUUUCAUUAACCCCUGUUUGAAAAGGGGGACCGUUCACAAGCUACGCCCCUUGCUAGGUAGCUAGUAGGUGCCAAACUCUGUACGUGGUACUUCACAUUCAUGUUUAACCCUCACGACAACCCUCUCCUGUAAUAUUGUACCUAUUUUAUAGAUGUGGAAACUGGAGCUUGAGGUGUCCAAGGCACACUAGCUAGGAAGAGGAGGAAAAGGGUUAGAAUCCAGGCCGGCCUGACUUCCAAGCCUGUGUGUGCCCUUCGCCCUGUAAGAGGCAAACCAGCUGGGGGCAGAGGGCAAGCUAGUUGGGUGCCAGAGCCCUGUUUUUUGCUCCUAUGCUGGUGUGCCCCCUGAGGACACAGCUUACGGAGCAAAGAGAGGUGAGUUGGUCUUACAUGGCAGCCGUGAAAGGCCCUGGUGGCUCAAGGACCAGCAGCUGUAUCUCCUCCAAACUGAGUGUAGCAAAAGCAGUAGCCCUUUCAGGAGACAUACCCAGGGCCAGGCAAACAGCUCCUGCUGCUCUCUGCGGCUGUUUCCUGCUCCUCUCUGGCCUUUGUAGUUUUCUUUUUGCCCCUGCAUUCUCCGUCUGGUAUCUUACUGGGAGGAGCCCAGGGCAGCCCUCCCACCCAUUUUGGUGCUGUGGUCCACUGACAGGUGUGUUCACGUAGUGUCAUGGCCACAUAGCAAAACUAGAACCCGGACCCAGGGCUUCUGGCUCCCAGCCCAGAGCUCUUGCCUGUGGACCAGGCUGCUUGGGGGUGAGAGGGCAGCACCCCUCCCCACCCCACCCUACCCUACAGGACAAGGGGAAGUGGCCCUGGCCUGCCUGCCCCAGGGCCUCCGAUUCAGUGUUCACUGGCUACAAUGCUUUUGGAACCACAAGACCAACUUUCCUGGGGAUGCUCGCUGCCCACCUGCGGGGCCGACGGUCCGUGUGCAUACAGCGCUCUUCUGUUCUCCCCUCCCCCGCCCCCGCCCCAUGGGCUCUGGAUGUUUCUGCAGAAGGAGCUUCCUGAGACCCACAGUAGCUUCUUAUUCCUUCCUUUGGUCAAUCUGUAAGCCCCAUCCCCGAGAAUCUUGGGGCAGCGCCCACUUCUCCUUGGCCCUGUGCCCAGAACCUGGGGGGAAAGAAGGGAGGCUGGGAGAGGGCCACCCACCUCUUAACGGUCCCCUCACUUGGGAGGAGGCCCCAUAGCAUGUUUUCCUGUUUUUGAUUCACUUUGGUUUAAACCGCUUUGGUGAAGCUGUUAUGCAGGAUUUGACUACAUUUCAAAAGACAAAGCUCUAAAUAUUUUUUUUUCUGAUUCACUUUCCGCUUUCAUUGCUCUUUUCAAGUAUUUUGUGAACGCCUCCCGUGUGCUGGGCGCUGGGUAGGCCAGGCAGCGUGAGGCGCCCUGCCUGCCUGUGAUUUUUGUUUGCUGAUUCCACUGAAGGGGUUUGGCUUUGACUCCAUUCCCUCCUCCCAGGGAUCAGCUGAGUGGAAUGAGCUAGUUCUGCCUUCCUCUGGGCAAAACAUUUUCCUGCAAAUGAAAGGAUUUGCCUUUUUGUAUUAUUUUAUUAUUCUGAUGGGACUGAAGCCACAUUCUUUGUUCACCAUGCCUCCUUCUCUCCAGCUCCUUUUGCCACAGUAGCAGGCCCUUCCCCAGGCACCUGGAAGUGGGGGGGUCUUGAUGGCAGUGGCUCUUCCUAGGUGUCCCUGCCUGGGGACCUAGGGUUACAUCAUCCACGCCUGUGGCCACUAUUCUGUGAGCAAUUGACGAAGUAUAUGCAAAAUUCCCCUGGAAUUACAGCUGUGGAAAAUGGCCUAGGCCAUAGGAAUAACCCCAACCCCAAGCUCUGGCAGGUCCCCGGGGCUUGAACACGCUCCCUCCUUUAACUUGGUCCUCACGACAACCCCAUGAGGUGCAUGGGAUCAACCCCAAUCUCUACUGAGAAAAUCGAGGUUCAGGGGCUGAGGUCCCAUGCCCAGCUUUAUCCAAACAGGGACUCAGACCCAGGGUUUUUUCCUCCCCAAGGCCCUGCCAUCAGCAGUGAAAUGUCCUUGGGGCUUCCAGGGAAGCAGGCAGGUGGCCCUCCCCCUGAAUUUGGAUCUCUCCUCCCCUACCCCACGAUACACAUGUCAGUAGGUCACAGGCAAAUGCCAGUCUAAAGGGCCAGCAAAGGUGAGGGUUUCUUCUUUCCUCACCCUUGCUUCUUUCCUUGUGAUGACUUUUAUUUUACAUUUGGUGGUAUCAUCACCUCUUUGGAAAACCUGAAUUUUAGGGUCACCACUUGAUCAAAUAGGCCUUUGCUCAGAUUUUGCCCUCAAAACUUCUUUGCCAUUUGGUGUGUGUGUGUCCUUUUCCCAGGGACGAGACCAGGGGAGAGCUGGGCUCCAGCUCAAACCACUUUUAAUGCCAGCCCUAGAAAGGAAUUGCUAGAGCCCAAAUCAGGCUUCAGUAAGCCUCUUCCACAGGCCUCUCCAUGUAAUCAAUUUUUUAGGUAGAGUUCUAGGCCUUAAAACAUCUCUGAGCCCACCGGGGAUUUCAUUGCCAGGUGGACAGAGGGAAACAAACUUGCCACAUUAAAGGCAGGUGCUGCAUCCCCCCAAGGUUUAGAAGGACCUUCAGCUCAGGGAUGGACAGUCUAGUAUUUACUCAGCCUGUACCAAGUACCCAGAACUGAGUGGGAGAAAGAAGGAAUUGCUCCUACUCUCAAAUAGCGGGCAGCUCGACCUCAUCAAGAACGAGAAUGUCCGUGGUUUGGCUCCCAUCCUCUCAUUGUGCUGAGUCUCUAAGUGUUGGGUGAGGCUGCUCCCUGGGAGGUCUCGCCCUUCUCUUUGCAUGGUGACAGUGGGCAUCUGACAGCCUUAGCCACGCAUGGCAGUCUUGUCCGCCCUCCUUAGUUGUCCAGGCCCAUCCUUCAGGGCUUUUGCUGCAAACAGCCAUACCAUGCCAUAGACCAAAGAUUACCUAGUGUCACACUGGCCUGAAUGAGUGCUAACGGGCUCACAUUGAAGCCUCAGCGUGCGGGUGCCCACCCUUAGCCUGGAGGAAUGGCUCUAAACUUGGCUAUGGUUCUGACGGGGCUGUAGGGUUAAAAUCAGGAGGCUCCUCCGUCCUCACGCACUCGUGGACCACCUGCUCAGGACCCUUCCAACCACCCAGCUCCCUGGGGUAAUGUCUGGUUUCUGGUGCUACCCUGCCAAGUUACUGAGCUCUUCCCUCAUGGACUUCAACAUCCCACCUUUCUGCUUCUCUCCUUUACUCCAAGGGAAGGAAGCCUCCCUAGUUCCAGUCAAGGACAAGGGGCAUCAAUGUCUUUCUUGGAGAAGCCAAACCCAGUGCCAUAGCCAGUAGCUUUCACCUUCUCACCUUCAGGUCUUCUGUAAACACAAAAGCAGGUGCCCCAUGGCUUGUUACAGCAGUAAGCAAUUCCGAGACAACGGAGGUGUCCACAUUUCACCCCCGUGUGUGCCUGUCUAUGCUUCUGUGCCCUGUCAUAGUUACUAGCACCCAUUUUGCUCUUACAGGGGUGCUGAGAAACUGGUCACCUUAGCUACAACCCACAUGUCCUGCUUCAGGGAGCCACCAAGGAAAUUGGCCAUUUCUUGCAUCCCUCCAGGAACAGUGGGCUCGGGCAGCAUUGCCCCGCCACCUCGUGUCUGCUCAUAAGAUGACGCGGGCCAUCUCUGGAAGCUCGGCACUCCUUACACCCUCUCGGCAAACGGACACAUUCUGGUAGUGUUUUUUGUUUCCUUUUAACAAAAAAAUACAUGAGGAUAUAUUAUGUGAGGGGGGUGAUGAACAAUUAGCUGUAGCAUGUAUAGACCACAUACUUACCAU